CGAGCCACUAACACAGUUACGCAACCUGAGUUAGGAACACAUCUUGCUAUAUCGUGCCUUCAGCUUGCGUUGAAACUGACCUGUGCUCCUUAAUUACACAUACCCCACAUGUCGCUGGGCUAAGUCCGUAUUAUGUCUGACUAUAAAGACAUCAUCAAACGCGGGUGGCACCCGGAGAAGAAAGGGGAGAGCCUCAAAAACCAGGUGAAAGGGCUUGUCGGCAGAGGAGAAAAAAACGAUAACAAGCCCGAUCAUGUUCCAGCGCCGUUAUCCUCACUACGGGAUCCGUCCUCAUUCGGCCCCCCCCCUCGGCACGCCGCAGUGAGCGGAGGCAUAGCCUCGCCUCCCCCCCGACCAUCCCCAUCCCAGCCCGCCCGACAGAGCUACACCCACCAGCCAGCACCGCCGUACGAAGAGGCCGACCCCGACGAGCCACCCCCACCACCGAAGCCAUACUGCGUCGACACCACCGGCCUGUCAACAGCCCACCUACCACCCCCUCCGGUCCGGCGAGACGGCGCAGGAACAAGGAGCCCCGGCCCAACAACUCGGAGUCCCGGCCCAACAACAGGUGCCCGACCCGGCCCGCCCAGCCUCCCCCCAAGGCUCCCACCACGCACGACCCCCUCGCCCUCCUCGCAAGCAACCCGCACGACCCCUUCCCCCUCCCCCUCCCCGCUCGCCCCUCCCCCGCCACGCAAACCCACGCCAGCAGGCGACGGGUAUCUCAACCAGGGUUCACUCAGCCGCCUCUCGGCGGCGGGCGUCUCCGUGCCGGGCCUCGGCAUCGGCGCCGGGACGACGCCCGCGCAGAGGCAGUCGCUGCGGACGAUCGCCUCUGCCGCGUCCGCCACGCAGCACCAGCAGCCCCCCUCGGUGUCCGCCUCGGACGCGCGCGCCGCCGCGUCGGCCGCCGAGUCGUUCCGCCAGCGGCACGGCGAGAGGGUCGUGGGCAUGCUCUCUGCCGCCAACGCGACCACCAAGAAGCCCGCUCCGCCUCCGCCCCCGCCCAAGAAGAAGCCGGAGCUGGCGGGUCUGGGUCUGGGGAGGCAGGGUGGAAGUGGCAGCGGCAAUGGAGGAGGGGGCGAGGGUGAUGCGCUGCCGCCACCUGUGCCCAUGGGUACGAAGCCGCGAUUCUAGGGAGGGUCUUCUGGGGAGGGUAUGGGCAGGGUGGGUUUCAAGGCUUGCCCUUCCGUUGGCGAAUUUCCAUUUACUACAUGGGGCAUUAUCGGGUUGCGAUUUGGGGUUGCAUAUAUUACGUGGUUUUGUCUUCGAUGGGGGUGCUACAAGUAGACAUUUUCAUUCCAGGGGCAGAAGAGGAGGAACAUGGGAAGAUGGAGGAGUUCUAGCUGGCGAUGCUGUCAUAUCGCUCAAACAUGUUUGCUCGCAAGGCCAACUAGCGCUCGAAUAGUGGUCCUUCGGGUUUCUAUCAAUAGAUCUGAGAGACAGCGAGUGCGGACGACAACAAGCACGAGUGUUCCUUUUUUGCUUUUUGCUGAUCCAACUCCCAAGUGUGUUUUCUAUCUGCCAAGUGGGCACUCAAACCUUCUCCUCCUUGAGGCCGGCCUUGAGGACAAGGACGUAAGGGG